AUGAUUUACUGGAAUGCACCAUACAACCGGCUUCUCAGGCUUGCUUUCAUUUUUGCUUUGGUUCCAUGGUUGUAUAGUACGUUCAAUGAAAGGCGACGUAUGCAGUCGUAUUCUGUAGAAAGAGCCUUAAUGUUAUCUUGGGAUAAAAUUGUUACGCAGCCUUCAAUCUUCUUCAGAAGAGCUGUUGUGGGAAUCAACUGUAACGUUGACUUAAUUGUUUCUGGCACAGCUCUUCUUGAGCGCAUGAAUUCUACAACAAAUAGAAGAGAAGAUCACGAGGUACUGAAUAACAUUAACGACUUGUAUGAAGCUUUCACUUAUUUCUUCUCAAGAGGUGCACCAUCUGAAAGGCAUAUGUCGGAUGAAGAAACAUUUCAAAAUUUAAUUUAUACGGCUGGCGAACUUCUGCAUCGUUCUCACUAUUAUAUCGGAGGGAAUGCUGCGUUGAUGUCUGAAAAGAUCGCUUCAUCGUUUCCAAGGACGACGGUAAUCUGCUUUGAAGAGUUAAUUCUUGCUUCUCUGCCCCUAAACUUUUUGAACCAGUUGCAGACUUACUUAGUCGGGCCAAUCGGUCCUCGUCUUCAAGCUUUACUGCAUCCCUCAAUCGUGCGGACUAAUUCAACACGUAUUGUGAAGGACGAACUGCACAUUAUCAUGGAGUAUAAGCAAGGAGAAAUUUUGGGAGAAUAUGUUGCUCCAGCUUCAUCACGUUUUAUUACUUCACAUGACCGUUACAGUGGCAGUUCUGUCGUAAUUGAAAUGUUUUUUAAAGCGAUAUCGCAGUUCAACCCUGACCUUAUAAUUCUUACUGGCGUUCAUUUGCUAAAACACCAGAAUCGGGAGAUGCGGAUGGAGAAAUUGCGGUUAAUAAGGAGAAAUUUAAUGCAGAUUGAUCCUAGAAUACCAGUUCACCUUGAGAUGGGAAGUAUUGGCGAUAGCGAUUAUGUCCAAGAGGUUCUUAAUCGUAUUAUACCGCACGUUGACUCUCUGGCUUUGAAUGAGCAAGAACUAGCAUUCUUUUCUCAUGUGGCAAAUGGCCCUUAUGCUGAUUUGUAUCCAAUGUCUCCAGGUGCUGUUCACGUACAUAAGGUUGUGGAAAUGAUAUAUUGGUUAAUAACGACUUACGGUUUCGAUAAGACUGACCCGACGUCGAGAAAUUAUGGGUACAAGCUGUCGAGGAUUCAUUUUCAUUCAUUAACUUUUCAUCUAAUGGUUUAUCGUGGUACUGACUGGUCGAACCUGGCAGCAGGGCUUGCAGCUGGUGCCAGAGUAGCAGCUCGACAAGCGUGUCAAGCAUCUAGUGAUAACAACAUGGAAAAUGUUGAACUGAGAAGCUCAAUUUCAUUUUUACUUGAUAAACAGUUAGGGAAAUAUUACAAUUUCGAACCGCAAAAGCCUUUGGUUUCGUGGAUGCGAAAUGAUGUUGUUUUUGUUUAUACGCCGGUUUUGGUUUGCAAAUUUCCUACUAGGACUGUUGGUUUAGACGAUGUUAUUUCUGCCACUGGGCUUCUUCACUCACAAUUCUAUCGGUUCGAACGUAGCUCUGCUUGUACGCGUAAAGCAAAGAAACCCGUUAAAUGGAUUGAAGACGCGACCACGUACAGUGAGACGUUCUCAACUAUGGUUGACCCAUUUGCAUCGGGACCAUAUCCAAUUGAGGAUUUGGCUCGUUUGAAAAUGUCGAUUGAAAAGUCGAAGAAAGUAGCAAAGAAUGUUGUUAAUUCCAAAUAUGUUAAGUCUGUUCGGGAACAAAACAAAACUUUAAAUUUUGAUCGAAUUCCUAUUGGGGACCAAGUUGUUGUGUUGUUUCCAGGCCAGGGGGCACAAUUUGUAGGGAUGGGCAGUAAGCUUACUGAAUGCUCAAGCUCAAUGGCACUAUUUGACGAAGCUUCAGAAAUUUUAGGCUAUGACAUCAAAAAAAUUUGUUUGGAGGGUCCGAAAACUAAGUUGGAUCAAACAAUAUACUGCCAGCCUGCUAUCUUUGUUUCAUCUAUGGCUACCUGGGAGAAGGCAAGGCAGGAAGAUGAAACUUUGUUUGACAGAGUUACGCAUACUGCAGGGUUUAGCAUUGGAGAAUAUAACUCCCUAGUAUUAGCCAAAGUUUUAUCAUUUAGAAAUGCGUUGCGUAUCAUCAAGGUUCGAGCUGAAGCAAUGCAACAGUGUAGCCAAAAAAUAAGUUCUGGGAUGUUGACUAUUCGAGUAUCAGGAGCCUCUAAGCUUGCUGAAGCUAUGGCGGAAGCACGUAAAUUGGCUCUGGAGAAAAACGAGCUACCAGUAUGUGAAGUUGCAAACUUUCUGUUUAGUGGUGUAAAAGUGGUUGGUGCUUCCGAGACUUGUAUGAAGUUUUUGUAUGAGAAUCAGGAUCGUUUUGCUUUUAGAAUAGUUAAGCGAUUAGAUGUGAGCGGGGCAUUUCACACAGUCCAGAUGCGUGACGCCGUCAUACCCUUGAAACAAGCUUUCUCUGGUGUGGAGGUCAAUAAUCCUGUGAUUAACGUUUAUUCUAACUACUCUGGACACCUUCACGAUAAAAAGAAGAGUAGUAUUCGAUAUUCGCUUAUUCAGCAGGUUUUUAACCCGGUUAAAUGGGAACAAAUUCAACAACUUAUAUUCCGACUUCAUCAGGGUGAUACUUUUCCGACAUAUAUGGAAGUCGGGCCUGGGAAACAGCUUGGUUCAAUGUUCUAUCACAUUAGUAAGAAAGCUUUCAAGAAUUACAAAAACUAUUCUUGUUAG